UGCCACAUCACAAACAGCGUACGGUUCCAUUGACAUUCUAACGUCCACACUGAAGCAAAAGAAGAACACCCUCUCCGAAGAGAAUUGUGUACGCGAGACUAGAGGGAUGGAUGCUCGAGAGGAGGGGGAUGCUCGAGAGGAGGGGGGUGCUCCAAGAAGGAUGCUGUGUGGUAGGGUAGCGUACGACGUCAGCCUUGUGCACACAACAGGGUUAUGUUGUAUUCUAAACUGGGUAGGUGACCACAGAACAAUUUUCAUAGACCGGAUUUAACACAUUUUGAUUUUUUUUAACACGGUGACAACCUUAUUAACAAAUAAAUACAGUUGAGGUCGACUGGAAAAACGCCAACCUUCUCUACCAAAGGUCUCAAUUUGGAGGAAGAUAUUCUAUCUGUAGCUGAUAAAGGAGCUGUCCGUGGCGCUGAAUUCCAGAUCCACAGAGAUCCCCAGUGCACACCCAUGCCCUUGUGCCACUCCUGAUAUCUCUCGUUCCUAGCAGCAUCCAACCUCACCGCCAGAGCCAAGAUGGACGACGGCUACGGACAAGACGGACGUCAGGACUUCAUCCGCGGUGCAGACAUCGCCAAGGUGGUGAAGAAGCAGGCGGGCAAGAAGAUGGGCCGCGGUGUGGACAAAAUGGCCGACGAGUACACCAAGCGCUCAUACAAGCGCUUCGAGGAAGAGGACGAGGAUGACGACUACCCCGUGCAGCAGAGCCAAGAUGGCGACGGCUACUACCGCAAUGACAGCCGGGCCAACGACGACGAGGGCGGCCACAGCGACUCCACGGAAGGUCACGACGAAGACGAUGAGAUCUACGAGGGAGAGUACCAGGGGAUCCCCCGGGCGGAGUCCGGCAACGGGUCCGGGGACGGGAUGGCCCCCCAAGCUCAGAUCAGGGACCUGGCCCAGUUCGAGGCAGAGAGGAGGAAGGAUCAGGAGGAGCUGGCCCAGCAGUACGAGACCAUCCUGCAGGAGUGUGGCCAUGGGAAGUUCCAGUGGACGCUGUACUUUGUGCUGGGGCUGGCCCUCAUGGCAGACGGUGUGGAGAUCUUCGUGGUGGGCUUUGUGCUGCCCAGCGCAGAGAAGGACAUGUGUCUGUCAGAGGAAAGCAAGGGCAUGUUGGGUCUUAUUGUGUACCUGGGGAUGAUGGUGGGGGCCUUCCUGUGGGGCGGCCUGGCCGACCGGAUUGGACGGCGACAGACCCUCCUCAUCUCCCUCUCCAUCAACAGUGUGUUUGCCUUCUUCUCCUCCUUCGUUCAAGGAUACAGCUCCUUUCUUUUAUGCCGUCUGCUCUCCGGUGUGGGUAUCGGUGGCUCCAUCCCCAUCGUGUUCUCCUACUAUUCUGAGUUCCUGGCCCAGGAGAAGAGAGGAGAGCACCUCAGCUGGCUCUGCAUGUUCUGGAUGAUCGGUGGCAUCUACGCCUCUGCCAUGGCCUGGGCCAUCAUUCCCCACUAUGGCUGGAGUUUCCAGAUGGGCUCUGCGUACCAGUUCCACAGCUGGCGUGUCUUUGUGUUAGUGUGUGCCUUUCCCUCUGUGGCAGCCAUCUCUGCCCUCACCACAAUGCCCGAGAGCCCACGCUUCUUCCUGGAGAAUGGGAAACACGAUGAGGCUUGGAUGAUUCUGAAGCAGGUCCAUGACACCAACAUGAGGGCGAAGGGCUACCCAGAGAGGGUCUUCUCUGUGACCACCAUCAAGACAGUUAAGCAGAUGGAUGAGCUGGUGGACAUGGGAGAGGGCACCGCCUGGCACCAGAAAUGGAGGAUGAAGCUGGCUGACCUGUUCAACCAGGUGUGGAGCAACUUCCUGGCCAUAUUCUCUCCUGAGUACCGCCGCACCACUCUCAUGAUGAUGGCUGUGUGGUUCUCUAUGUCGUUCAGUUACUAUGGGCUGACGGUGUGGUUCCCUGACAUGAUCAAGUAUCUCCAGAAGCAGGAGUACUCCUCGCGCACCAAGGUCUUCAUCAAGGAGAAGGUGGAGCACGUCACCUUCAACUUCACCCUGGAGAACCAGGUGCACCGCAACGGAGAGUACUUCAACAACAAGUUUAUGAAUCUGAAGAUGAAGUCUAUGGUGUUCGAGGAUUCUCUGUUUGAGGAGUGCUACUUUGAAGACAUCACCUCCAGCAAUACCUUCUUCAAGAACUGCACCUUCAUCGCCACCCUCUUCUACAACACAGAUCUGUUCAAGUACAGGCUGAUCAACAGCAAACUGGUCAACAGCACCUUCCUGCACAACAAGGAGGGCUGCAUGCUUAGCGACUUCAGCGACGAGAACAGUGCCUACAUGAUAUACUUUGUCAGCUUCCUGGGCACCCUGGCCGUGUUGCCCGGCAACAUCGUGUCGGCGCUGCUCAUGGACAAGAUCGGACGGCUGAGGAUGCUGGCGGGCUCAAGUGUUAUCUCUUGUGUCAGCUGUUUCUUCCUGUCGUUCGGCAACAGCGAGUCGGCCAUGAUCGCUUUGCUCUGUUUGUUUGGGGGCAUCAGCAUCGCCUCCUGGAAUGCCCUGGACGUGCUGACGGUGGAGCUCUACCCCUCUGACAAGAGAUGCACAGCGUUUGGCUUUCUAAACGCCCUCUGUAAGCUGGCAGCCGUGUUGGGCAUCAGCAUCUUCACCUCUUUCGUGGGCAUUACCAAGGCUGUGCCCAUCCUGUUCGCCUCCGGGGCGCUUGCAGCGGGCAGCUUCCUGGCGUUCAAGCUGCCGGAGACGCGGGGCCAAGUGCUGCAAUAGUGUGGCCACACCCCUAGGGGGCGACAUGGGGGGUCAGAAUGAGUAAGCCACACUGUGAACAACAAGUAGCCCAAGAAACCCCUAAACUCUGCCCUGUACGCCCCAUUGAAGUCACAGCCUAUUCACAGGAAUUAGUUCAAUGCAGAUGCUGCACAGAUCUACUAAGCUGUAAAUAUUGUGGAUUGCCUGAUAUUGGAUGUACUGUUUAGAUAGACACAUCUCUAUACUACUAAGAUCUGUGGAACUGUGCUGCCGAUGCUUGACAUUGAUCCCUAUGAAUAGGCUGUGAGUUGGUAGAGAAAGGGAAGUGCAACCAAACUCUGCCCCUAGACCAACAGAAGCUGUUCCAACUUGAAUCCUUGUUCAGUGCAAUCUUAAUCACUGAGUGUAUAUGUUUAUGAGGGUUGAGGAGGUAGUUUAGAUGCAGGUCCCCAAAAUGAAGACAGAUUACUGGGGUUAUGGGGUAGGGACAUGGGGUCUAGUUUAUGAGCCAUGCCAAUAGCCCGUAAUAGAAAUGACCACUAGCCAUCCAAUCCAUAUUCACACCAAUUCCUCUGAUAAGCUCAGCUCACUUCCCAUCUACAUGUGUCUACGGUAGAACGUCAGUCAGAAAUUAUACGUUAUGCCUUGAUUUGAACCAUUUUUGACUUAAUGGGUAAACCAAAACAUUCAGUUAAACCAAGGCCUCCUCAUUUUCAUACCUUCCAAGGUCUUGUUUAUUUUAUGUACAAAAUAACUGCCAUUUUAUAGGUUUUAGAACAUUCCAGGUGUACUUUUCAUUAUGGUUUGAAUGAGACUGUUGACAAAAGUGAUCUGUUGAGAUUUUUCCCUUUAAAACAUUCUUUCUAGCCGUUCUAUCUCAAUCAAUCAUAAACGGCUGCUCAAAUCAAUCCUUCAAAUCUCCAUUUCUGACAAUGUUGAAAUUUGUUCAGUCCACAUUGUUCGCCAUGUACAUUUUAGAACAGCACUUUUGUUCAAACAUUCCACAUUUAAAGCACAAAUGUUUGCUAAUGCAAAUAGGACUGUUGUCACAAUUUGUUACAAUAGUUAUUAUUAUUGUCCCGUUUUAAACAAACGUUGAAAAGCCCACAGUUCAAGCGUCAUUCUUGCUUCAUGUAUCCUGUAGUAACAAAUGCCUUCUUUGUUCCAUCUGUCAUCGGUUUUAUGUUUUGCUCUUAGAAAAUGUGUUUUUGGAAAGUAGGUAUGCAUAAGUGAAUUCGUGGACAAUUUGCCAGAAAGAUAGAACACAAUACGAAAAUGGCAUUGAAGUGUAUCAUGUUACUGUAGAUCAAUAAGUCAGAUGUUAGAUGCUGAAUCCAUGUCCUUUUCACGAGAGAAAUCACACUGCCUAUGAUAUCAUUUGCCUGUUCUAACAUUGACCUUGGAUUUCAGGAACAUUCUCGCAACCCUUAAACACAUCAAACCACUUUCAUGUGCACAACUGAAACAUACGUUUUCAUUUUUUGUGAUAUUGUGAAACAGGAACUAGAUGUUCAAAGUGGAGCGAAAAUCCUCAAAAUAAUGAAGUUGAAAAUAAGACACAAAGAUAUGGAAAGGAUGUAGUAAACUUCCGUGAAACAUUGCAACAAUGUGACAUAUUUUCAGUAGAUUCCAUUUGAUAUUUAUUUUGAGUUUGAAAGAUAUUAAGAUAUAUUUAAUAUUUAUUUAUUUAAGAUAUAUUUACUUUUGGGUGCAAUGUGUUUCAAAAGAAACUAUAGUGGUAAUGACAUAUAUGCACUGUCAUUAAAUACUAUCAUGUACAUCAUA